AUGGUCCGCCACAAGAAAGAUACCUUCGCGCGCGGAGGCAAGAAAUACUCGUCCAACCCCCGCCCUCGUCCAGGACCCCGCGAUGACGACGGCUCGGGUCCUGCGAGGCCUCCAUUCAAAGCCGCCUGCUGGGAUUUGGGCCAUUGCGAUCCGAAGCGGUGCUCGGGGAAGAGGCUGAUGCACCACGGCUUGAUGCGGGAACUGGCGAUCGGCCAGAAAUUCCCGGGUGUGGUCAUUUCGCCGAAUGCGAAGAGAGUACUCUCUCCGGCUGACCGCGAAUUGCUGGAACAGUUUGGGGCUGCUGUGGUGGAAUGCUCGUGGGUGAGAGUCAAGGAAGUCCCAUGGUCUCGGAUUGGCGGCAGAUGUGAAAGACUGUUACCAUACCUUAUCGCAGCCAACACAGUCAACUAUGGACGACCCUGGCGGCUCAACUGCGUCGAAGCGCUGGCAGCCUGUUUCACCAUCUGCGGGCAUGAAGAUUGGGCGCGCGAAGUCCUGAAGCAUUUCAACUACGGCGAGGCGUUCCUCGAGAUCAACGCGGCCUUAUUCAAACGAUACGCCGCCUGUGAGUCCGAGGAGGACAUUAAGCGAACGGAAGAGGAGUGGCUGGACAAGAUUGAACGGGAGUACGAGGAGAAUCGCGCAGAGGGCGGCGCUGACGACAUGUGGACUGUCGGAAACACGAACAGACGAGCCCCUGCGCCCGAUUCCGAUGACGAAGAUGAGGAUGAUGAAGACGACGAUGACGACAACAAGGACAAGGAUGCGGGAUCGGAGGAGGAAGAGGAGGAAGAGAGAGACCCCUACGCCAUCUCAGACGACUCCGAAGACGAAGCCCAGAUGGCCGAGAUCCGUGCCAAAAUCCUCAACUCAAAAUCGUUCCAGAAUCCCUCGAUCCCGGACAAGCCACAGCCGGAGCUCAUCGCUCGACCGGAUGCGACGCCCGUAGAAGAUUCCGAUGCCGAGUCCGGAUCGGCAGGCAGCGACGACGAGGAGUUCGAUAAGAUCAUCGAUGCGACGCCGGUGACGGAUCGGACCGGCAUCAUUGCGGCGUCGAAGCGCAAGGGGAAAGAGACCUUUAGCGCGUCAUUCUCGCGGACGGUGGUAAGCGCUCCGCAGAGGUGGUAG